AUGGCGGGCCGGCAGCGGCACCGGCUGCUGCUGGAGAACGCCGAGCAGCUGGUGCUGGUGUGCGGGCGGCGAGAUCCGUACCUGCGGCGGGACGGCGCUGCCGGGCUGGGCGUGCUGCGGGCUGCCAGCCUGGUGGUGGGGCUGGAUGGUUGUAUCAAAGCUGUGGGCCAGGCAGAUGUUAUUCGCAAUCAGUUUUCAGAAGCAACAUUUGAAAGGAUAAUUGACUGCUCUGGGAAGUGUGUGUUACCAGGCCUGGUGGAUGCACAUACGCAUCCAGUGUGGGCUGGUGAUAGGGUUCAUGAGUUUGCAAUGAAGCUGGCAGGUGCCUCCUAUAUGGAGAUCCACCAGGCUGGGGGAGGAAUCCAUUUUACCGUGGAGCACACUCGGAAGGCCACGGAGGACGAGCUGUUCGUGACCUUCCAGCAGCGCCUGGAGCGCAUGCUCAGAGCAGGAUCCACGCUGGUGGAGUGCAAGAGUGGAUAUGGCUUAAACUUGGAAACCGAGCUCAAAAUGCUCAGGGUGAUCGAACGUGCUAGGAAAUCCAUGGAUAUUGGCAUUUCCUCAACGUACUGCGGAGCUCACGCUGUGCCCAGAGGGAAAACUGCUACUGAAGCCACAGAUGACAUUAUCAAUAACCACCUUCCUAAACUGAAAGAACUCAAACUAAGUGGUGAAAUACAUGUUAACAAUAUAGAUGUGUUCUGUGAGAAGGGAGUCUUUGAUCUGGAGUCUACAAGGAGAAUACUUGAAGCUGGAAAAGAUAUAGGGCUACAGAUUAACUUCCAUGGUGAUGAACUCCAUCCGAUGAAAUCUGCUGAGCUUGGAGCUGAACUAGGAGCCCGGGCCAUCAGCCACCUGGAAGAAGUUAGUGAUGAAGGUAUUGUGGCAAUGGCAAGAGCUAAGUGUGCUGCUGUCCUCCUGCCAACAACAGCCUACAUGCUAAGACUGAAGCAACCUCAAGCUAGAAAAAUGUUGGAAGAAGGUGUUAUAGUUGCUCUUGGCAGUGACUUUAAUCCUAAUGCAUACUGUUUUUCAAUGCCUAUGGUGAUGCAUCUGGCCUGUGUAAACAUGAAGAUGUCAAUGAAUGAAGCACUGGCAGCUGCCACCAUUAAUGCAGCUUAUGCUCUGGGAAAAUCAGACACACAUGGCUCUUUGGAGGUCGGCAAGCAGGGGGAUCUUCUUAUCAUAAAUUCAUCAAGGUGGGAGCACUUGAUUUACCAGUUUGGUGGACAUGAAGCAUUGAUCAACUAUGUUAUAGUUAAAGGAAAAGUCAUCUAUGAAAAUGAGAGGUGUGAGACAAUGAGCAGUUAUUGA